AUGAAGUGGCGUGUGCGUUAUCGCUCCAGGACAAUCUGUCUGUCCUUGGCUUUCCUCACCAUUUUCCUCCACCUCCUCCUGGCGUUUGUCUCUCUUCCCAUUUACCACCAGCCCUGCGACCCCCCGCCGCCUCCAAGGACACACAUCUUAAGGGACCUGGCACACUUCAACCACACCUCCGCAGGCUACAGUGGUCCAGCUGAGCCCCCGACGGAUACCGCACGUGGAGAUUCUUCCACUAAGGAUGCCAAUAAGGAAGCCAAAGGUCACAUGCAAACACUUUCUGACAUGGGAUUAACUGGGAAGGAGAAAGGGAGGGAUCCAAAGAACAUGCCGGUCAAUGUGGGACGUGAUGAUGGAGACAGAGAAGACACUGUGGAGUCUGGUCUGUUAAAGCUAGAGGCACUGUUUAGCCAUCCUCUAUACAACAUACCCAGCCCUGCCAUCCCUGAGGAGGACUUGCUGCUCAAAGUGAGGCCAAAGGUCAUGGUCAGUGAGAAGAGCUCCCAGAUGUGGGUGAGUGCGGGUCAGGAGGGCUAUGAGGACAUCCAGUGGAACAGCAACAGUAACAGCCACCCCCCUUGGCUGCGCUUUCACCUGGGCAUCUCCCGCUGGCAGCUGUACCCCCACCGAGACCCCAACAUGGAGCUGCUGACACAGCAGCUCGCCACGCACCGUAUCGUGAGUGCAGUGCAGAAGUCUGGAGGGACUCAACUGAAGCUGGUGAUGUCAUUCCCCAACUACGGACAAGCCAUGUUCAAACCCAUGAAGCAGGAGAGAGAUGAAGAAACCAAUUACAACCUCUACUACUUCUCCGACUUUGAGAGACACAAUGCGGAAAUCGCAGCUUUUCACCUGGACAGGAUUUUGGGCUACAGGAGAAUCCCCCCGGUGGUGGGCAGGCUUGUGGAUGUGGUCAAGGAGAUCAAAGAUGUCACCACUGACCGAAAGCUGGCCCGGACCUUUUUCAACUCUCCCGUGGGCAGUGUCUGUUUCUACGGUCAGUGCUCCUACUAUUGUUCAACAGAGCAUGCUGUAUGCGGACGCCCCAGGGACCUGGAAGGGUCCUUGGCUGUCAUGCUGCCUGAUCUCUCUUUGGCGGCUCGCAGGACCUGGAGAUCCCCUUGGAGACGCUCAUACAGCAGGAGCAAGCUGGCGAAAUGGGAAACGGAACCAGACUAUUGUUCGACUGUCAAAAAGACCGCACCGUACGACAAAGGCUCCAGACUGGUGGACUUCAUGGAUAUGGUCAUACUGGACUUCUUGAUGAGUAGGUUUAUAGUCAUUUUGCUUUAUUUUAAGAGGUCAAAAUCAAAACAGCUUUACAGCGCAACCACAGGUUUACUGUGCGUUACCAUGGCAACGGGCCGUCACCGUGGUUGUGCUGACAACUUCUCUCAACAGCCAGGUACGAAAGUCACACAAGACAGGUGCGAUGGAAUGCUCGACUUUGGUUUAUGGAAGUGA